AUGGAUAUAUUCCGUAAAAUACGCAAAAAAUCUAAGAAGACUCAGGUUACCACCUUGACCCCCACUACGUCUGGUGCAUCUGCGAGUCUGAUCCAAGCCAGCACGAGGAUCGUCGCACCGCCUGUUGUUGAACAAGGUCCAUCUGGUCAACAAUCCGUAGUCACCACAUCAGCAUUAUCGACGACACAAUCUGCGACCGAUCAACAAUCUCCGCAGAGCCCGGAUCAUGAACAGAUACGACGAUCCAAAAUGGACAGAUGGCUUGCUCGUGUAGCUCUCAUGCUCAGCUUGACAAAAAGCAUUGCGGAUGCUGCCGAGUUUGCACCAUUGAAAGGAGCCUGCGAAGCUGUUGUGACAAUUCUGGAUUCCAUUCAGGCUAUCAAAGAUAACCAAUAUGCCUGGUCAGACCUCUUGCAGACCAUUAGAGAACACACGAGGACGUUUCAAAGACAACUAGAUCAGCUAGGUAUCAAAAAUGUACUCGAAGAGUGCGAGGAAUCUAUCAAGGAUCCACUCACAAACUACUCCAUUACCCUCAAAGAGUUGAUAGCCGAGAUAUGCGUCGAUUCUGGUCUCGAUGAAUCCGAGUUUGAUAAGGGUCUGACUUGGAAAAUACUGGUCCAACGUAUCGGUACUACAAAGCUGGAAGCGGACACGAUCAAUGGAUACAAGCAACGCCUGACGGACGCAAGGGACGAGUUGAUGCAUGCUCUGAUUCUCUAUGUUACCGUGUCUGUUAGAGCUACGGCGGAGAGGGACAUAUUGAAGGAACUCCAAUCUAAACAACGACAACGUCCGCAGGAAUGCCAGCCGGGUACACGUGCGGAAAUAUUGGCUGAAUGCGAAGCCUGGUCCAAAAACCCAGACGCUCCGAACGUCCUCUGGAUCAAAGCUGCACCAGGAGCGGGCAAAUCGACCAUUGCGUCCACCUUGGUGACUACACUCGGCAUCAAAAAGACGCGUCUAGGAUCGAGCUUCUUCUUCCGUCGACAAGAGACCGCAACUACAACUGCUAGCGCACUGUGGCAGGGGAUUGCGUAUGACCUUGCGCGACAUCCUACCAUUCGCAAAUACCUCGCGGAUAAGAUGAGGAACGAGGAGAUUGACUUGACGACACCGAAUAUCGACAUUCUUUUUCAGCAGUUGGUUGAAAAGCCGUUGUCCAAAAUCGGCAACCUUUCACAGGACCAAUUACCUGUGGUCAUCAUUGAUGCAUUGGACGAAUGUGGUGGACUGGUCGGCACGCGAUCGACGGAAUUUCGGCAACUUUUGCAAACCCUCACUGCCUGGUCUCGUCUUCCAACCAGUUGCAAGUUGAUCGUGACCAGUCGUGAGGAGGACGAUAUAGCGAGGAUGUUCGCUCUCAACCCUCCACAUACCAUCGACCUACUCGCUACACAGGAGACAGUCAGCCAGUCCAAGCGAGACAUUCAGGCAUUCCUGACUGAGGAGCUUAGGAAGGUUGCUAGCAAGUAUACCAUUCGAUCCGUCGAAUGGCCUCAAACAACGACUAUCGAAGCCUUGGCAAUCAAAGCUAAUGGGCUAUUCAUCUGGGCCUCGACGGUGAUAGAGUAUCUCCGUGCUGGUAAUCCGAGGGAACUUUUGGAGGAGAUUAUAAAGGAAGACCGUGUUACAGGCAUGGAUUCACUCUACACUACAGUCCUCCAAACCGCGUUUCCCAAUCCGAGGCCAACUCUGAUGGAGGACAUAAGAACAAUUCUGGGCGGAUUGGCUGUCGCCAAAGAGACUUUAGACAUGAAAACGUUAACGAAUCUCCUCGCAAUGGAUCCUUGGACGGUCGAACACAUCUGUGGCGCACUACGACCGGUGCUGGAAUUCGACGGAGGACUUCGGUUCCGCCACCAGUCAUUUGUCGACUUUUUUUUAAACCCAAAUAUGACAUAUUUGGUCCCUGGAAUCACGACAGACACCUCCCACCGGAUUCUUGCAGGCCAAUGUCUACGGAUCAUGAAGGAGGGGCUACGAUUCAAUAUCUGCGAGAUCUCGUCAUCCUAUUUGCUCAAUCAGGACAUUUUGAGUGGACUUUCAUCUAUUGAGACCUACAUUCCCCGCCAUUUACAGUAUGCGUCGCGGUAUUGGGUGGAUCAUUUGAAUCUUCCAAGUGAGGAAACGAUCACCCUCGUUCGAUAUGUUCUCAAGAUUCACUUCCUUUCGUGGCUUGAGGUCGCAAGUUUAUUACGGAUUGUGGACAGGGUACCGUCUAUGCUUACGGCGUUGGCCGCAUGGUUGAAGGAGAAUGAUAUUGUCGAGUUGAUAUCGCUCGCAGAGGACAUGCGCCAGUUCACGGUGCACUUCAUUGAGGUGAUCUCACAAAGCGUGGCGGGCAUCUACCUGUCGGCUUUACCAUUAUCGCCUGCGGUUUCGAAGGUGCAUCAACAAUACAGAUAUCAAUACCCCAACACAUUGUUCGUCCACUCAGGUGGAUAUCAACGGUGGUCACCACUCCUUUUCAUACUCCGCGGGCAUACCGGGAGUGUGAAUGCAGUUGCGUUCUCUCCAGAUGGGCGGCGCGUUGUCUCUGGAUCUUCUGACCGAACGGUGCAUCGGUCAUUCUCGCCAGACGGCCAGCGCAUUGUCUCUGGAUCUGAUGACCGAACGGUGCGUCUGUGGGAUGUAGAAACGGGCGCACAGAUUGGAUCCCCGCUUGAAGGACAUACACAUUAUGUCCGCUCGGUUGCAUUCUCGCCAGACGGCCAGCGCAUUGUCUCUGGAUCUUUUGACCGAACGGUGCGUCUGUGGGAUGUAGAAACGGGCGCACAGAUUGGAUCCCCGCUUGAAGGACAUACACAUUAUGUCCGCUCGGUUGCAUUCUCGCCAGACGGCCAGCGCAUUGUCUCUGGAUCUGAUGACCGAACGGUGCGUCUGUGGGAUGUAGAAACGGGCGCACAGAUUGGAUCCCCGCUUGAAGGACAUACACAUUAUGUCCGCUCGGUUGCAUUCUCGCCAGACGGCCAGCGCAUUGUCUCUGGAUCUUUUGACCGAACGGUGCGUCUGUGGGAUGUAGAAACGGGCGCACAGAUUGGAUCCCCGCUUGAAGGACAUACACAUUAUGUCCGCUCGGUUGCAUUCUCGCCAGACGGCCAGCGCAUUGUCUCUGGAUCUGAUGACCGAACGGUGCGUCUGUGGGAUGUAGAAACGGGCGCACAGAUUGGAUCCCCGCUUGAAGGACAUACAGAUUAUGUCCGCUCGGUUGCAUUCUCGCCAGACGGCCAGCGCAUUGUCUCUGGAUCUGAAGACCGAACGGUGCGUCUGUGGGAUGUAGAAACGGGCGCACAGAUUGGAUCCCCGCUUGAAGGACAUACAGAUUAUGUCCGCUCGGUUGCAUUCUCGCCAGACGGCCAGCGCAUUGUCUCUGGAUCUUCUGACCGAACGGUGCGUCUGUGGGAUGUAGAAACGGGCGCACAGAUUGGAUCCCCGCUUGAAGGACAUACAGGCUGGGUUAUGUCGGUUGCAUUCUCGCCAGACGGCCAGCGCAUUGUCUCUGGAUCUUCUGACCGAACGGUGCGUCUGUGGGAUGUAGAAACGGGCGCACAGAUUGGAUCCCCGCUUGAAGGACAUACAGGCUUGGUUAUGUCGGUUGCAUUCUCGCCAGACGGCCAGCGCAUUGUCUCUGGAUCUUCUGACCGAACGGUGCGUCUGUGGGAUAUUAUUAUGUCGGUUGCAUUCUCGCCAGACGGCCAGCGCAUUGUCUCUGGAUCUGAAGACCGAACGGUGCGUCUGUGGGAUGUAGAAACGGGCGCACAGAUUGGAUCCCCGCUUGAAGGACAUACAGAUUAUGUCUGGUCGGUUGCAUUCUCGCCAGACGGCCAGCGCAUUGUCUCUGGAUCUGAUGACCGAACGGUGCGUCUGUGGGAUGUAGAAACGGGCGCACAGAUUGGAUCCCCGCUUGAAGGACAUACACAUUAUGUCCGCUCGGUUGCAUUCUCGCCAGACGGCCAGCGCAUUGUCUCUGGAUCUUUUGACCGAACGGUGCGUCUGUGGGAUGUAGAAACGGGCGCACAGAUUGGAUCCCCGCUUGAAGGACAUACACAUUAUGUCCGCUCGGUUGCAUUCUCGCCAGACGGCCAGCGCAUUGUCUCUGGAUCUGAUGACCGAACGGUGCGUCUGUGGGAUGUAGAAACGGGCGCACAGAUUGGAUCCCCGCUUGAAGGACAUACAGAUUAUGUCCGCUCGGUUGCAUUCUCGCCAGACGGCCAGCGCAUUGUCUCUGGAUCUGAUGACCGAACGGUGCGUCUGUGGGAUGUAGAAACGGGCGCACAGAUUGGAUCCCCGCUUGAAGGACAUACAGGCUGGGUUAUGUCGGUUGCAUUCUCGCCAGACGGCCAGCGCAUUGUCUCUGGAUCUGAUGACCGAACGGUGCGUCUGUGGGAUGUAGAAACGGGCGCACAGAUUGGAUCCCCGCUUGAAGGACACACGACUCCGGUUUACUCAGCCGCAUUCUCGCCAGAUCGCCAGCACAUUGCUUCCGGAUCUGAAGACCGAACUAUACGCAUAACGAAUACCAGCGCCACAGAAGAUAGUGUACAUUCACUUCUAAAUCAGUACUGCCGGGUGGGCGACGAUGGAUGGUUAUUUGGUCCAUCUAGCCAGCGACUCUUUUGGGUACCGCCUCCGUUUCGUGCUGGGAUCGAGCGGCCAGGAGUUGGCAUCAUGGGUCAAGUCCAGAGGCUGGGUGUCGAUACAACUCAAUUUGUGCACGGAGAAGAAUGGACACGGGUGAAGGAAGGUGGAAAGAUACCUGAAGAUAUCUGA